AUGGCGCGACCCCAGAACUCCCCGAUCCUAGCUCAGCUGCGAAACGCCAAAACGUGCCCCGAGCAGUCGACAGCUCUACAAGCUCUGAAGAAUGAGAUCGUCGGACACCACCAGAAGAAGGAGACGUGGGUCAGCCUGGGUGUGCUGGAGCCCGUUAUAAGGACCUUGACCUCGGCUCGUCCUGCGGCCAAGUCGAGCACAAGCAAAGAUGCUAGGCCACAGGCGUCGGGCCGCCGGCCUCUGUCAGAGGAGGACAACGUGAGGCUGCAAGCUUUGCAGAUCAUCACAAGCUUCGCCAAGGGCGGCCCUCCCUUUCUACCGUCCGUCCACGCCUCCCGAGCCCUUCCAGCCAUCCUCGCAUGCACAUCUCCCAAUGCCAACCCGCCGCAAAUCGUCGUUGCUGCUCUCAAGGCCGUUAGCGGCAUUGCAGAUGCAGCUGCUCUGGCAUCGCCGUCAUCAGAGCUCGAUAGCCUUGCUCUCGCCGACGCAAUAUUUAUGUCCCCGUAUCAUCUCGAAUCUCUAUGUCUUAUACUUGCUUCUACGUCAUCAAGCCGCUUGCUGCAGAUUCAGGUUGAGCUUGUGGCCAGCCUGGUGUCUCGCAUCUGCACAGAGGAAAGGCAUCAACAGGCUCUGAUCCAGUCUGGUGUUUUAGAUAUGCUCGCGUCCCGCUUGGCCAGCUUCGCCGUCAGCCAAGGCCAUGUUGUUCCAGGAGCUGAGGCACAGGCUUACAGCGAUGGGUUGUAUGAAGCUUUCCCUAAAGAAGCUCCUCAUGGAACACAAAUUGGUCCUGUGCUUGCGGCGGUCGCGGCCAUCCUUGGAGAGUCGAAAUACAGGGCAACUCGGCUCAUCAACUCUCCCGCCAUCCUUGCUGUUUUCCCUUCCAUUGCCGUUGAAACCAGCGGUCUGAGCGGCGCCAAAAUCCAGGGCUCGACGACGGUCAUGGAUUACUUGCUGCCUCAGGUCCCCCCUCCUUCUUCCAACGCUCGUAGUCCACCUCAGUCUCAUCACCAUUCUUCCACUAACACACCAGACCGUCCCGAAUCACGAACUCCGAGUCAAACGCCCGGCCUUAGGCUUGUCUCUCCUGCUGUCUUGGAGUCGGGUUUGGACAACUCAUCUGAUGAGGUCGAGAGCCCUUUCAUCCCCUGGCUGAUUAUACAAGCCAGGUCACUAUCUGGCUAUGGCAGACUCAUGGCAGUCACUAUUCUGACAGCACUCUUCAAAGCUGGACUAGGACGCAAAGGAUGUAGAGAAACCAGUCUUGGCAUGCUAAUCGUGCCAAUUCUCCUCGAUUUGAUCACGAAAAACGACAAGGACGAGGCUGAAUCACAGAGCGCCUUUGAUGAAACCCAGCAUCUGAUUUUAGAGAAAGCACCGGCAACAUUAGCCCGUCUCAUCACUGACAGUGAACUGCUCCAAAAAGCUGCUUACGAUUGCGGUGCGGUCAAGACGUUGACAAAACUUUUGAGGCGAGCUUAUCGCUCUGUACCCAUCUUAGAGGCGACGAAAUAUUGGUCUCCCCAGCCUGAUACCGAUAUGGAUGUUGAAGGUCCAUCUGCAUCUUCACAAUUGGGGCAGCUUGGCCAGGAUCCGCUGCUCUCGCAUCGCGUAAGGCUAAGAGAAUCGACACUCAAAGCCAUCGGCGCCGUAGCUUCUGGAAAGGAAGAUUAUAGGAAGGCCCUGGUCGAAGAAGACUUUAUUCCCUAUGUUAUGGAGUCCCUAACUGAAUACCCCAAACGCCCCAAACAAAUCAAAGACCGGCUCAAGGAUAAACCCAGCGGAGAGACUGAACAACAGCCCAACGUCUCAUCAGCAUAUGGCGCCAAUCCAUUAUCCGUCAUCGUCGCGGCGUGCCAUGUCAUCAGGAUGCUCUCGCGAUCCAUUAGCAUAUUGCGAACGACUUUGGUUGAUCACUCGGUUGCCAUGCCCGUCUUCAAGUUCUUAAAACACCCAGACGUUGACGUCCAGGUUGCUGCCACAGCUGCCAUUUGUAACCUAGUUUUGGAAGCCAGCCCAGUCCGCGAACUAUUGGCCGAAAAUGGUGUUAUGAAGAUCCUCUGCGAACACGCCCACUCCGAUAAUCCUGCUCUGCGGCUUAAUGCAUUGUGGGCCCUGAAACACCUUGUUAUUGCUGUGAGCUCCGAUCUAAAGCGAUCUUGCUUGGAGCAACUUGAUCCUGAUUGGUUGGUACAACUUAUUUGUGAUGACGGUCAGGGCGCUAUUUCAUAUAACACUCAGCCUGGCCAGCCGUCGGGUGAUGAUGUUGAUGUUGAUGUGGAUGAAGAGAUGGAUGCGUCGCCCUCCGACGAACAGGUGAGAUGGAUGUUUGCAGCAAACGGCAAUCCACAAAAGCUGGAUGCUUCGAGAUCAACCAAGCUACGCCAAGCGGAAGACAAGCUCGCCAGCUUGCGUGAAAAUGAGCUCAACUCGCAAAGGAGAUCCCGCAACGAUGAAGUCGCCGUUCAAGAACAAGGUCUAGAGCUCAUCAGAAACUUGGUAGGGCUCGGGGUGGGCGCCUCUGCGGAGUCACCUUAUGAUACGACAGAGAUGAUUGAUUACCUGUUUAGAACCAUUGGGCAAGAUCGGCUCUUUGACCUGUUAUCCUCAAAGCUACAAGCCAAGGUGCUCCAUCCCUUUUCUCGACGGGCGCCAACGCCGGGACAGGAGACAAGACUCAUCCACCCUCAUGCGAAAAUCAUCAUCCCGGUAAUUUAUAUCUUGGUCCACAUAGCGGCCAGCACACACCAGCAUCGACAGCUGGUUGCUAGGCAGACAGACCUGCUCAAGCUGCUCUACCAGCAGAUUGGCAAUCGAGAUAAGGAGGUCCGUGUCGCCGUAUGUCAUUUCAUCAUAAACCUUACAGGUCACGAUGACGAGAGUUUGCAAGAAUGGUCUAUGAGGGCCAACGAAUUGAAGAAGCUGGGAUUCCACACCAGAAUGGAGUUUCUCAAACACAAUGACAGAGAUCUCGACGUGAGGGAACGCGCCAAAACGGCAGUGUACCAGCUUGAUAAGGCGAUUGCUUAUUAG